AUUCAGUAAAUGAUGCAAUAAUUUCAAGCAUUGAUGAAUUUUUAUUUCAAUCUGAUCAUGAAAAUUUACCAUUAGAAAUAUUAGAGGAUCAAGUUAAUGAAUCAAUUAAUAAUAUGCUUAUAAUUUUGGAAACAAUAGAUAUUACUAAUCUAUUAUUUUGCUCAGAUAAUAAAUUGCUAAUUAAUAUACCAACAGAUAGUAAUCUUGUAGAAAAUUAUAAUUUGCUUAGGAAUAUGGAUUAUAGCACAGAAAAUUUG